AUGCGGUGUUACAAAAUCAAGAAGUAUGUGCUUGAUAAUGUGUUUGAUGAUGUGUUUGAUGGUGUGCUUGGUGGUGUGUUUGAUGAUGUGCUGUGUGGUGUGUUUGAUGGUGUGUUUGAUGAUAUGUUUGGUGAUGUGUUUGAUGGUGUGCUUGAUGGCGUGUUUGGUGGUGUGUUUGAUAGUGCAAUUGAUGGUAUGUUUGAUAGUGUGAUUGAUGGUAGGUUUGAUGAUAUGUUUGGUGAUGUGCUUGAUGGUGUGCUUGAUGGUGUUUGUGGUGUGUUUGAUGCUGUGUUUGGUGGUGUGUUUGAUGGUGCGUUUGAUGGUGUGUUUGGUAGUGUGUUUGAUUGUGUGUUUGGUGGUUUGGUUGAUGGUGUGUUUGUGUUUGAUGAUAUGUUUGGUGAUGUGUUUGAUGGUGUGCUUGAUGGUGUUUGUGGUGUGUUUGGUGGUGCGUUUGAUGGUGUGUUUGGUGGUGUGUUUGACUGUGUGCUUGGUGGUGUGUUUGGUGGGGUGCUUGGUGGUGUGUUUAAUGGCGUGUUUGGUGGUGUGCUUGGUGGUGUGUUUCAUGGUGUGCUUGAUAAUGUGGUUGAUGGUGUGUUUGAUGCUGCGCUUGAUAGUUUGUUUGGUGGUCUGUUUGAUGGUGAGUUUGGCGGUGUGUGUGAUGGUGUGUUUGAUGAUCUGUUUGAUGGUGUGUUUGAUGGUGUGUUAGGUGAUAUGUUUGGUGAUGUGUUUGAUGCUGUGCUUGAUAGUGUGUUUCGUGGUGUGCUUGGUGGUGUGUUUGAUGGUGUGUUUGAUGAUGUGUUUGUUGGUAAAAUUGAUGGUAUGUCUGGUGAUGUGUUUGAUGGUGUGUUUGAUAGUGUGUUUCGUGGUGUGUUUGAUGGUGUGUCCCGUGGUGUGUUUGAUGGUGUGCUUUGUGGUGUGUUUGAUAAUGUAUUUAAUGGUGAGCUUUGUGGUUUGUUUGAUUGUGUGCUUGGUGGUGUGGUUGAUGGUGUGAUUGAUGGGGUGCUUGGUGGUGUGUUUGAUGGUUUGUUUAAUGGUGUGAUUGGUGGUGUGCUUGGUGGUGUGUUUGAUGACGUGUUUGGUGGUGUGCUUAGUGGUGUGUUUGGUGGCGUGUUUGAUGGUGUGUUUGAUGGCGUGUUUGGUGAUGUGUUUGAUAGUGUGAUUGUUGGUCUGCUUGGUGGUGUGCCUAAUGAUGUGUUUGAUGGCGUGUUUGGUGGUGUGCUUGCUGGUGUGUUUGGUGGUGUGUUUGAUGGCGUGUUUGGUGGUGUGCUUUGUGAUGUGUUUGGUGGUGUGUUUGAUGGCGUGUUUGGUGGUGUGAGUGGUUGUGUGCUUGGUGGUGUGUUUGAUGGCGUGUUUGGUGGUGUGCUUUGUGAUGUGUUUGGUGGUGUGUUUGAUGGUGAGUUUGGUCGUGUGCUUGGUGGUAUGUUUGGUGGUGUGUUUGAUGGCGUGUUUGGUGGUUUGGUUGGUGGUGUGUUUGAUAGUGUGCUUGGUAGUGUACGUGGUGGUGUGCUUGGUGGUGUGUUUGUUGGCGUGUUUGGUGGAGUGUUUGAUGGUGUGUUUGGUGGUGUGCUUAGUGGUGUGUUUGGUGGUGUGUUUGAUGGCGUAUUUGGUGGUAUGCAUGGUGGUGUGUUUGAUAGUGUGCUUGGUGGUGUGCGUGGUGGUGUGCUUGGUGGUGGGUUUGGUGGCGUGUUUGGUGGUGUGUUUGGUGGUGUGCUUGGUGGUGUGUUUGGUGGUGUGCGUUAUGGUAUGUUUGAUCUCUCGUUGAUGCUGCACUUUGAUAAUAUACCAAGAAUGGUCAGAUUCCAGCAUCAAACAGCCAUUCCGCUUAGAACGUGCUAG